GUCACGCGCCACUGUGGUUGGUGUGAACAGAUAAAGCGGAUCUCUCGGCCCGCCUGUUGUUUUCUCAAGAAGCCUGCUACCACUUAGUAAACCUCUAGUUUACUUUUCACAGUUCGCGUGGAGUUACACAGUGUGUGUGUCUGGGUGUGCUGGCUCUGAAGUACCUCUGACUGGAAAAAUUGAAGUGUUAUUUCGUCCUCCGACCAGGCAUGUCGGACUUGGAAAGAACAUAUGAUGAACUGGGAUACACUCAAAACUUCACAGAUAAAAGUGCCAUCGACAUACUGGCAAAAACAGACAGCAACACGAUGGAAUAUAUCUUGCAACCUCCGAACAAAUACUGGUCGCUAGUAGCAGACACCAGUCGUGCUUGUACAGAAGAGGAGGUGGCAGAACUCCAGCGGUUUGUUGGCUGGGCCCUGCAACACGGCAGGUACGAACAGGUGUGCGUUGCCAUGCACUUGAUCGACAUUCAUGGGUUCACGAAUGCAUCUCUGCUCGAUGAUGUCAUGCGGCAUGUGGAGCAGAAGGAAGCUGGACAUUUAAUUCCACCCAGACUCUUGAUUCAAUGGGCCAAAGUUUUGCAGAACAAGGGAGACUUGCAUGGGGCGGUUAGGAGGCUGAACAUGGCGAGGAGUUUACUUGAUAAAGAAAAGGAUUCAACUGGCUGCUCAAAUGAAAUAGAGAAGAUUCGAGGAGAAUGCACACAGCUGACAGGACUCACUCUCAACAAAAUGUGUUGCUGGAAAGAUGCUGUCUACCCGCUGAUGGACUCAAUAGCAAUCUUUUCUAAGAUUGACAAUUCCAACAUGGCUCUGGUAAUAUCUCUUGAGAUGGUGGCCAAGUGCAUCUCCAGCAUUCCGCAUGAAGACUUCAUAGAGACAAAAAGCCAUCUUGACUUCAAGCACAAUGACAGGUUUUACCAGGCGUACUCCAUGUGUAAAGAAGCGGCGGGCUUGGCGGGUACCUCGGGGUUGCAGCAAGCUAUGGCGCAGAACCAAGCUGCAGAAGCGCUCCUGAGGUUCGCUGCUCAGCAUGGCACCUCCACAACAAGGUGGGCUUACCUCAGGAAGGUGAUCGAGGAAGUCCAGCUGAGUCUCCGGGCUCAUACAACAUUAUCCCAGCUCUUCCAGCGUGAGAACUUUUUCCAAAUAGUUCGUUCGCUGUUUCUUGUCCGUCUCGCACUUAGUUUUUCUGAUGCUAGUGAAGACCAAAUGUUUGCCAGCUGUCUAGAGGAGUGGGCUAUGAUCCUGUAUGGCGUCUACUGCCAGCAGCUUUGUCAAAAAGGUUUUUUGUCAACAUCACUCGACGUGGCUGACAACGUUCUUGUCAGAGAAGUCGUCCAAACUGUCAUAAACGAAUUUAAUUUAAAAAUAGAACUAGAACAGCCUACCCAGAAUCUGUCUACAGAAAAGAAUGUUAUACCUUCUCAAAUAAAAGAAUGUCAAACAUCUAUAGAGAAGAAAGACAAAUGCUUGGCGAUGCCAAUUGAAAAGAAAUGUGCGGAAUUGAGAGUCAGUGGGAGUCAGCCAAAAGAUUGGGUCGUCGACAGGACACCGAGGCAGCAGGAAGUGGGGUUAUCCAUCAUCCCUAGCGACUAUGACAUCCCACUGUGUGAUGUACCCCAUGGCAUAUUCCAGAACCUGUGUGGAUGCAAAUUCCGUGCCGAGCAGGUGACUGACCACACCCAAUUAUUUGAUGACCAUGCUGCUAUACAACAAAAGAAUGUCUUUGAUGCUGACGGGUGCGAAAGAGGAAAGGGUACGUCAGGUAAAGACUGCAUCACGCAGGACUCGGGGUACGGGUCAGCCUUGACACUAGUAGAAACAUUCUUGACGACAAAGCUGCUAGAGGAAAAAGAGACUGAUGAGUCAGAGUGUGACAGUGGCCUUGGUACUUCUUCCUUCAGCUCAGCUUCCAAGCACAGUUCAUACUCCAGUGACUACAGCUGCAAAGGAAGCUGCGGGUACUGUAAUGUCCAGAGCGCCAUCAAAAAUAUCAAACGGGCUCGCCUUUUCAAGUUCAAUCCAGUGACUGGGCUAUGGACGUGCCAGACUACACUGGUCUUUCUAGGGCCUCUUCUAUCACUGGAAGACAAGGUCAAAGGUCAAUGUCGGGAUGCCUUCGAUGUGCAGUUUCUGCACCAAGAUGAGGUCCUUGGAAGGUAUGUCGGCAAAAGAUACAAGCGCCAGAAGCCAGCCAGCCAGUACCUGCGCGACCUGACAUGUCAGAAAAUUGCACGUUUCCUUGUCACGCUCUUUAACUUCGCCCUGAGGGAUCUCAGAUACGACAUUCAGGUGGUGUAUGUGCCAGUGGCACAUCUCCAGAUUAUCUCAGACAAACUGGAGGUUGAAGACUGGUUGAAUGUGGAGCCUUAUUUGGAGGGGGACUUCAUUAAGCUGACUAAUAAUCUUCAUUUCUGUAACACUCAAGGGAAGACGUUGGCCACGUCGCUCACUCACUUCACAUACUCCGUUUCCAAGGGUCGCCUUAUGCUUGUGGAUCUGCAAGGGUGGUUGCCUAAAGAGGGUCGUGGAGUAGUCUACCUCACAGACCCUCAGUUCCACACUUGCAGUGCCUUGCCUCUUAGUGCCUGCGACAUGGGGGAGGCUGGAAUGCAAGCCUUCUGGACAAGUGUGCAUCCUCAGUGCAACGAAAUCUGCAAAGCUCUUGACCUACAAAGACCCUAAUAAAUGGCUGCUUGCAUGGCUCAGGACCUUCACUGAACCCUUGUAUCCAAUGUUUUGAAGGAUGAUCUUUUAACUGGCAUGUUAACCUGAUUACAAAAUAAGGCCAUCUAACAAAUCAAACACGAACAGAACUGGAGUAGUAUCAAUGGUCACUAUAAGACAUUAUAAAUUUCAAGUAAUAAAGGUUGUUGGCGGAGUGGUGUUCCUGAGAGGCAAGGUUAUAUUUUAAAAAAUAAAUCAUGUUAUGUAUCUAAGAGUUCGUAAACAAAACUUUUUCAAGGUCCUUUGGGAGAUCCCUGAUCAAUCAAUUCUCAAGUUAUUCGGAUUGUCCUUCAUAAACUGCAGACCUGCUGCAUGCAUUCGAAAGGCAGCCGUGUGAAUGUAUCUCAUGGUAUAAGAAGUAUGGACACAAGUACUGAGGCUUCGCAUCUUCACACCACGGCCACAGUAGAACACUAUACAUAGAAGUCUUCUCUCACAACCUCCCAGCCAUUGAUAUGUGGUUGUCGCCAGGCUACCAAGUGACAUGGACUAUAAGAUUUAGUUGUGACUCAUGAUCCUGAAUAUUUAACUUUGUUAUUUAAUUAUUAAAUUGUAUUAUUAUUUUGGUUCAAUGGGUGUAUUAUACUUACUUUAGUUGUCAAAAUGUAA